CUCGCUAUCUCCGACCGUAAGUCUCUUAUCUCUCUCUCUCUCUCUCUGUAUUCAUUUCUCUCUCUCCUCUUAUUUUCGUUUCAAUCUGUCUAGGGUUAGGGUUUGCAGGUGCUGACUUUUACGAUCUCCUAUUUCUAGGGUUUCCUAGGGCUGAUUUUAAGUUAUUUGGGUUAGGGUUUACGAUGGCUGCUCUAAAGGAGCUUCUCCCGCCUGCCAAAUCAUCCGCUGCAACCCACUACGAUCACUCAAACGACCCAUGGUUCAAGCAAAGGUACACCGCGGCCGAGGCCGAGCGAUCCAUUAUAAUCAAAUCGAACCCGGUCCCUCCAUAUAAGAAUCGAAACGGUUUUCGGCCCAAUAAGCCUGAAGAUUUCGGAGAUGGCGGUGCGUUCCCCGAGAUCCAUUUUGCGCAGUACCCACUUGGUAUGGGCAGGAAAACUAGUGCUAAACCUGGGCAGAAGACUUUGCCUGUUACUGUUGAUGAACAUGGGAAUGUCACCUUUGAUGCUAUUGUCAAGCAAAAUGAGAACGCGUCGAAGAUUGUGUAUUCGCAGCAUAGGGACCUUGUGCCUAAGAUAUUGAAAGACGCAAUGGAGGAGGGAGAAGAGGAUGAGGAGGAGGAGGAGGUGCAGAAGGAGAUCGAGGAGACUAUGAUGCAGACGAAAGCAGAGCUUGAGAAGAUUGUGAAUAUGAGGUUGAGUGCGGCUCAGCCAAAAAACGUGCCAACCCAGUCUAACGAUUCGAAGUUUAUUAAGUAUAAGCCGUCACAGCAAUCUGCUGCGUUUAAUUCGGGUGCAAAGGAGAGGAUUAUUAGGAUGGUUGAGAUGCCUGUGGACCCGUUGGAGCCGCCUAAGUUUAAGCACAAGAGGGUUCCGAAAGCCUCUGGUUCUCCACCAGUGCCGGUUAUGCACUCACCGCCUCGUCCUGUUACUGUUAAGGACCAGCAGGAUUGGAAAAUUCCGCCCUGUAUUUCGAAUUGGAAGAACCCGAAAGGGUAUACGAUCCCACUUGAUAAAAGACUGGCUGCUGAUGGUAGGGGGCUUCAGGAGGUUCAGAUUAAUGAUAAUUUUGCAAAGUUGUCUGAGGCGUUGUAUGUUGCCGAACAGAAGGCUAGGGAGGCUGUGGCAAUGAGGUCAAAGGUUCAGAAGGAGAUGAUGAUGAAGGAGAAGGAGCGGAAAGAGCAGGAAUUGCGGGCUUUAGCUCAGAAGGCACGUUCUGAGAGGACAGGGGCGGCACCACCACCUGCUGCUGUUCCGUUGCCUUCUGACAGGAGGAUGUUAGAUGAUGCUGAUAUGAUGGGGGAUCAUGAACGUGUUAAAGAGAAGGAUAUUCCAAAGGAGACAAAGGAGGAGAGAAAACAGCGGUUGGAGAGGGAGAAAAUAAGGGAGGAGAGGCAGAGAGAGAGGGAGAGGGAGAGGAGAUUGGAGGCCAAAGAUGCAGCUGUGGGGAAGAAGAGUAAGAUUACUAGAGAUAGAGACCGUGAUAUCAGUGAGAAGGUUGCUCUUGGGAUGGCUUCUACUGGUCAAGGAAGAGGAGGCGAGGUUACGUACGACCAGAGAUUGUUUAACCAAGAGAAGGGGAUGGAUUCAGGGUUUGCUACCGAUGACCAGUAUAAUGUAUACGAUAAGGGUCUGUUCGCUGCUCAGCCUACUCUUUCAACCCUUUACAGGCCCAAAAAAGAUGCAGAUGAUGAGAUGUAUGGAGGUGCAGAUGAGCAACUGGACAAGAUUAUGAAGACUGAACGAUUUAAACCUGAUAAGGCGUUCGCUGGCACUUCUGAAAAGACUGGUCCUAGAGACAGGCCUGUUGAGUUUGAGAAAGAUGUGGAAGAAGCUGAUCCAUUUGGUUUGGACCAGUUCUUGACAGAGGUGAAGAAGGGUAAGAAGGCCCUGGAUAAAGUUGGCAGCGGAGGGACUAUGAAAGCGAGUGCUGGGGGAUCUAUGCGAGAUGGGUAUGAAGGGUCUAGUCGUGGUCGAAUUGCUUUUGAAAGGGGGCGUUAAACAGCCCUCCAACAUAGUUAGGUAUGAUUAUUUCAUCGUUUCUGGGAGUGCCUGCUUUAAUUAUGCCUUUGUUGGUAGAUUUGUGCCCCCUGACUUCAGGAAUGGCAAAAACGUUGGUAGCUUUUGUCUGCUAAGUGAGAUUUUCAUUAUUACUUGAAGUUUACUGUAAUAAAUUUGUACUACUAUGUUGAGCAUUGUUCUACAGCUUCUUUUCUU